CUCAGUCACUCCUGGAGCGGGAGAGGGAGAGACGGGUUCGGCUCUCCAACAGCAGCGGCACUGGCAGAGUCAGCGGCAUCAUGGCUUCUUCUCACUGCAACACCGAUGCCGGGCUGGAGAUCAAAACCAGGUCCGUGGAGCAGACCCUCAUCCCCCUGGUGACCCAGAUCACAACACUGAUCAACCAUAAGGAGAAACCAAAGAAAUCUGAGAAAACAUUGCGAGCAAUUCAACGUGUAGGGCAAGCAGUGAGUCUGGCCGUUGGAAGAUUUGUCACUGUUGGUGAAGCAAUAGCUAAUGAAAAUGAAGAGUUAAAAGAAGAAAUGUACUUUGCUUGCCAGGAGGCACGGAGAGCAGGAGAGAGCAUUGCACAGUUGACUGAUGUGGGCGCCUUUGACCAACCAGAAUCGGAUACAAGGGCAACAGUUUACACAGAUAAAACUGGAAUGAUAAAAGCUGCACGGCUACUACUGUCUUCUGUUACAAAAGUACUGGUGUUGGCAGACAGGGUAGUCAUUAAACAAAUUAUCAACUCCAGAAGCAAGGUUCUUGCAACUUUGGAGCACUUAGAAAAAGUCAGCAGCUUUCAGGAGUUUGUACAAAUCUUCAGUCAAUUUGGAAACGAGAUGGUAGAAUUUGCCCAUUUGACAGGAGACAGACAAAAUGAUCUGAAAGAUGAAAAGAAGAAAGCGAGGAUGGCGGCUGCCAGGGCAAUACUAGAAAAAUGCACUAUGAUGCUUCUCACAGCAUCAAAGACUUGUCUUAGGCAUCCAGACUGUGAAUCAGCAAGAAUAAAUAAGGGUGGCGUUUUCCAUCGCAUGAGGUUGGCUUUAGAUCAGGUGAUAGAGAUUGUCACGGAUUCAAGACAAAAUGGUGAAAAUGAAAUCCAUCCCACCAGUAUCUAUGCUGACAUCAAAGAAUUUAAAAUGAAGGUUGAAGGCUUACGAGACAACUUACAUGGAAUUUCCAAGGAAAACCUCAUGACAAUGCUUGAGUUAAUCCUGGAACAUACAGAAGACUUCACAGAUUCUGCAUACACAAGCCAUGAGCACCGAGAGCGUAUUUUAGAACUAUCCCGGCAGGCCAGAUUAGAACUGGAGCAGCUGGUUACAGUAUGGAAACAAGCACAAUGCCUGAAAGCCAAAGAAGCCACAGAAGAUAUGGAGCUGGCCAUAAUUAAGACUCAGCAGUGUAUGAGUGAACUGAGGAGAGAACUUCAAAAUACAGCCGUGGAGUCAGCAGGGGAUCUUCUGAAAUGCUACACAGAGCAUGUGGUCCUCAAGGCAUUGAAACUAUCUGGGGUUGAAGCAAAUUUGGAAACAUUAGCUGAGUGUACCUGUAAGCUAUCUGAACAGAAGGAACAACUUACUGAGACUUCUCGAUUACUGCGGCAUGUGUCAGGAACAGAACCCCUAGAGAUUACUUGUUUACAUGCAGAAGAAACAUUUCAGGUUAUUGGCCCACAGAUCAUUUCUGCUGCACAGACCUUGGCUCUUCACCCUUCUAGUAAGAUUGCCAAAGAAAACCUAGAUGUCUUUUGUGAAGCAUGGGAGUCACAACUGAACGAUAUGUCUAUUCUGCUGAAAGAAAUUAAUGAUGUAUUUGAAGGACGAAGAGGAGAGAAGCGUGCAUACCUUUCCCUACCUAGACCAGGGAAACACACUACAAAUUUGAAGACUGUUAAAGCAGUCAAACUAGAUGCUGAGGAACAGGCAAAGAUAGCAAAAUUAGGGUUGGAGCUGCGUCUGCACACGUCAGAUGUGGAUGCAGAAACAGAAAGAUGGGAGGACCAAGACAAUGAAAUUCUUCGUCAAGCACAGAGCAUGUCGAGCAUGGCGUAUUCCAUGUAUCUUUUCACAAGAGGAGAAGGCCUUUUGAAAACAACACAAGAUUUAUUUCACCAGGCAGAUAUCUUUGCUGAAGAAGGUCUUAGAUUUCACACAUCUCUUCAUUCUCUCUCAAAUCAGCUGGAAGAGGAUGAAAAGACAGCUCUGAUGAUGGAGACAGAGAGGUUUCCUAUCUUGUGUCAGCAGCUGCAGAUAACUAGCAAAACCCCUGUUCAUGGCAAAGCUGCCACUUUUGCUAAGGUUGACACUUCCAUUCAAGAAACUAAGAAUGUAAUGACCGUAUUGAUGAAGAUUCUUUCUCUUUGUUACAAAUUAUUAAAAAAGUGUAAAGUGGAUCAGACAUUUAUGGGAUCCCCCCACGGCUGGAGAGGAAACCAACUGCAGACGGUUGCCAAUGGCGAGAGCUUAGAUGGAAAGAACACAGAUACGUUUGGUGUGAAAUCUCUGGAAAGGCACAUGGCAAAUUUAAUGUUCUUGGAAAGCAAAUGACGGGGGAAGUUCUAGAGUGGUCAUAACACUAUAAAAAGCAUUGUCACAUGUACUGUAAACUUUGUGCAGUUCUAGCUGCAAGUUUGUCAGCUCACAGUUCCCUGUAACUAACGUUGUUACACUUGUAGUACUUAAAGUGGAUGAAAGCCAGUGUUAUCCUGACAGGCUCCACCACUUGGAGAUCUGACUGUUUCAGGCCUCCUACUUUAAACAGUGUUUUUUUUUUAGCUCUGUAGUAUCUUAAGUAACCCUAAUGGAAUGGCUUAAUUGGUUAAAUACCUUCUCUGAAAUGUGUUAAUGCUGGAUUUUUUUCUUAGCCUGCUGAUAGUUUAUCUUGAUCCUUUUGUGAAUGUCUUACUGAUGCAAUUAGUCCUUUGAUGCUGCUAUGGUCAAAAAUGUGUAAGAGCAUAAACUGGAUAUUACAGGCGUACGUUAUUGCUGUGUAAGGUAAUUAAACCAAAUUAUUAUAUUUGCAGGCAGGCUAUUGCAACUUGAUAACUUAGGUGCAUUCAAAUCAAAUAAGGGUGUACCAUUGUCUUCUUUUCCGCUCCUCCUUCUCCUAAUACUAGGUGUAAAUUUUCAGGAGAAAGGCCAAGGCUUCCUACUAUCAAAUUUAUACCAAAAUAAUGGAGACUGAUCUUGUGUUCAAGUUUUCUGUUUCAGAAUGUUGAGUUUGUGUUUUUCUCUACUACCUACAAAUUUAAGUUCUUGAUAAUGAAUAUAAAUUUAUUCUGAAAGUAUUUCAAGUAUUUUGCUUUGAAAGAAAGAGGAAGCAAGCAGACUACAAGAGUUUUAGAGAACAGAUUGUUGUAAUGAAUAGAACUCUUAAUUAUGUUCUGUCCCUCCAUCUUCCCCCAUGAACUCUGUACCUAAUGUCACUAUUUUUCUGGUGAUUUUGAUAUGCAGUGCAGUGGGGUUGGAAUGUUGAUGCAUGAACCACUGGAAAUAUUUAGUAUAGAGAACUUCUACUGGAUUUGUAUUACCUGAAAAGGCAGUUUUUUACAAUUCUCUGACAAUUAACAUGUAAAGUUAUAUUUUUUAAAAUAAAAUUCUAAUUCGUUAAUCUUCACCUUUUGUUUACUGUUUAAUGAACUUCAUAAACACAAAAGGAAGUACUUGUCAUGCUGGUAACACAAAUUUUAAUCAGAUUUGUUCUUUGUUUUACAUGCCUCCCAAUAAAUAACGGUCCAAUG